AUGGCCAGGACCCAGGUGAUCACUGGGAGAACUCAGGAGCCCAUUGUUACAACUUCGGGGCCUGUAACCAGGACCCAGGCACCCAACACUAGAACCUCCUGCCUGGAUACCAGAUCCAAAUCUCAUCCAGUGAAGCCCUCAGGACUCAAGGUCUUCUCUUGCCCCCAUUGUCCCUUGACUUUUAGCAAGAAAGCUGAUCUCUCCAGCCACCAGAAGGCACAUCUCAUGGAGCAGCCCAACCACUGCUUCCACUGUGGCAAGUCCUUCAGCUCAUUGCCCAGGCAGGUCAGCUACCAGCAGACCCAGAGGAAGGAGAAGACCUACUGUUGCCCCGUCUGUGACCUCUGCUUUGGGGAGAAGGAAGGCCUUUUGGAUCACUGGAAGGGCUGUAAAAGCAAAGAACUAUGCCUGGGAAGCACCCCUGAAUGCUGGGUGACCCUGACUCAGUGGCUUGGCUUCUUUCACGAUGCCUCCCUUGUGGCUGGGAAGGAUCAGAAGCACGGAGGAAAGGGGUCUCCUCCGAGGGUCUAUACCACCAGGAGAAGGAAGGUGAGGGAGAAGGCAUGCAAAGGAGAGAAGGCAAAGGAGGCAGUACACCAGAACCAGGAGCCAGAGGCUGGAAAACAGGAGCAUAUUGUGAGGAUUCCAGGCACAGCUGCAUUCCAGGCACCCAUCCUCAGGAGCCCGAGGUCCACUGAGUUGCUCGUGGAUGUGAACUAUGCACCAGUGGUCAGGAACCCAGAAGCCAUAUUUAGAACUGAGAGCCCCGUGGCUCAGAUCCAGCCACCUGUACUUAAUAACCAAGCACCUAUGGCCAGGACCCAGGUGAUCACUGGGAGAACUCAGGAGCCCAUUGUUACAACCUCGGGGCCUGUAACCAGGACCCAGGCACCCAACACUAGAACCUCCUGCCUGGAUACCAGAUCCAAAUCUCAUCCAGUGAAGCCCUCAGGACUCAAGGUCUUCUCUUGCCCCCAUUGUCCCUUGACUUUUAGCAAGAAAGCUGAUCUCUCCAGCCACCAGAAGGCACAUCUCAUGGAGCAGCCCAACCACUGCUUCCACUGUGGCAAGUCCUUCAGCUCAUUGCCCAGGCAGGUCAGCUACCAGCAGACCCAGAGGAAGGAGAAGAUUUACUGUUGCCCCGUCUGUGACCUCUGCUUUGGGGAGAAGGAAGGCCUUUUGGAUCACUGGAAGGGCUGUAAAAGCAAAGAACUAUGCCUGGGAAGCACCCCUGAAUGCUGGGUGACCCUGACUCAGUGGCUUGGCUUCUUUCACGAUGCCUCCCUUGUGGCUGGGAAGGAUCAGAAGCACGGAGGAAAGGGGUCUCCUCCGAGGGUCUAUACCACCAGGAGAAGGGAAGGUGAGGGAGAAGGCAUGCAAAGGAGAGAAGGCAAAGGAGGCAGUGAGGGUCUUUAA